AUGUUGGCUCCAACCCUAUGUUACGAGCUCAAAUUUCCGCGAUCUGUUCGACGACGGAAGUGGUUUCUCAUCAAAAGAUUCGUCGAGUUGGUAUUCCUUACAUUUUUGGUAGCAGCUUUGGUACAGCAGUGGAUUGUUCCAACUGUGCACAAUAGCAUGCGCCCACUUAACGAAAUGGAAUUUGGCAGAAGUCUUGAGAGGCUCUUAAAAUUGGCAAUACCUAAUAUUGUCAUAUGGUUGAUUGGCUUUUACACAAUAUUUCACGCGAUGCUGAAUUUGAUCGCGGAAGUGCUGCGGUUUGCAGACAGGGAAUUCUACCGAAAUAAUUUGAUGAAGCUUAUUAACUCACAGAUAGCUCACAGAUGUCUUCGAUUACCAUUUUCUAGUGAUUUCUGGAAUUCGGAGACCAUCCAGUACUUUUGGCGAACCUGGAAUAUACCUGUUCAUCGUUGGGCUGCACGUCACAUCUACUUUCCUAUGAUGCGAAAUAAGUACAAGUUAGUUGAUUACUUCAUAAAGAUCAUAAAGCUCUUCAAUCUUGUCGUCUUGUUCAUGAUUGAUUGCGACAAGUUCAGUGCCAUGAUUGUAGUAUUCUUCGUAUCUGCUUUCUUCCAUGAGUAUCUUGUUUCCGUGCCUCUGCACAUGUUCCGUCUAUGGGCCUACUACGGAAUGAUGGCGCAAAUCCCUCUGUCAUUGAUAACUGACUAUGUUGUCAAGGGUGGUCGAGCAGGAAACGUAAUUGUUUGGCUGUCUCUAAUUGUUGGCCAACCGCUCGCCAUUCUGAUGUACGUACACGACUGGUAUGUCCUUCAUCGAAUUUCUGCCGAAGUGUCAGAU